GUGAUUCCCGCGGACCCUUUCUCGGGGCCGAAGGCGUCGAUUCUGUUAGCGGGAAAGUGCCGCCGCGAGGGGUGCGUUUCGAAAAGGCACUUUGCCGCUCCAGGAGUGGCUAGACGCAUCGUUGGUGGGGAUAUUAUAGCGAGAGAGGAGCCGAGAGGGGCGAGAAGGAGAGAGCAGCGAGGGGGUGAGAUAAGCAGACAGAGCGAGCGGAACAGAGAAAGAGAGAGAGGGGAGUCAGGUAGAUAGAGAGGGUUGCGGGCGAGAGGGUGGAGAGACGGUCCGGAGGGAUGGAGACCGUGAGAGCGUGAGAGGCUAGCGAUUGUGCUACAGUCGCACCGCGACACCCCCACGAGCGAAACCGCGCGCGGCAACCCGUACUCUCGUGUAUAGAGCCGUGUACGUGUAUUGCAAAAUAGGGUCCGCGAACAGUGCUAUGCUUUUGAGACCGCGAUUGGACAGGUGUCCUCCGUUUUCGUCAUCGUUGAUCUUACCCUCGUCGUUUUUCUUCAGGUGGGAGCAUCAGCAAAGUCCGUAAAGGAGCAACGUAGCGCAGCAUUUCUACUGGAAUGGAAAGACGGACAAAGAAUUGGACCAGCGUGCAAAGAUGCGAUUGUGAAAGUGUGAACCAUCGGACUAUGGAAUUGGAUGAAGGGAUGGACGAAUCGAAAGAGACAUGGCAAAUAAAAGAUGAAGGAGAAAACCGAGAAAAGCGCAAGUGUCAGAGAAGAGCGCUCAACAGAGAAAUGAAAAAUUGAAGAUGCACCAACAGCGAAGAAAAUAGCAGCGAGAAUUUGAAGAGACGAGAAUGACAUAUCAAAGAAUCCAGAGAGAACGAUGUCGAAGAACACACAACUGAAACGCGGAACACAAAGCGCCCGGAAAAAUGUGGAAAGCUGCAAAAGGGAGACAAAGGCCGCGCGAAUAAAAAACGGAGAUGAAAACUUAUAUGGCGCAUUUAACGUUUCACGCGACUUUCCGUCUAACUUUCCGUCGUUGAGCGCGAUUCCUGCGUUACAUGAAUGAAACUAAGUCGGUCGGUCAUAUCCACUAAAUGCGGAUGCGAAUACGAAAUAAAGGAUAAGUAAUGCGACGAGCAGAAAUAAUGAAAAAAGAAGCAACAAGCAAAAUUCGCGGAUAAAAGCAGAGUGGGAUGUAACACGGAUAAAAGAAUGGAAAUCUACUUGCUUGGGCGCGGAUCUCUCGCGCAAAGAAGGGGUGAAAACGCGGAGUAAUAAAGCGAACAGCCAACCGGACAAAGCCGUGCAAAAAUUAAUCGCGUAAAAUUAAAUCGUGGAAAUUAUUAGAGAUUUUUUUUCUAACAACGCGCGCUGAAACAGAAAGAAAGCAAGAGGAGACUGCGUCGCGCACAAAGUCAGCAUGAGCAGGAAAGACUUUUAGCGACAAACGGGACGCGAAGCUGAGAACGCAUGCCUAAAUCAGUCUGGAAAGCGGAUAACUUGCUGGUAAGCGGCUAACGGGUCACUUCUAGGGGAUAAUAGAUCGCCGACUGGUGUCCCAAAGACUCAUCAGAAAACUGGUCGACUCUCAUGGCAGCGCGGAAACUCGCAGCCCUUCUCGCCGCGAUCCUGCAACUUUGCUUAUGCCAAAUCACUCCGGAAGUCUUGCCCGAGUUCUUAGCUCCUUUGGAAAAUCACACGGUGAUCCAAGGUCGUGACGUUUUCUUCACCUGCGUCGUUAAUCAUCUACAAUCGUACAAGGUAGCCUGGAUAAAGUCGGAUUCCCGAGCGAUCCUGGCGAUACACACGCACAUGGUGGCGCACAAUAACCGGCUAUCUGUCACGCACAACGGACAUAACACGUGGAAGCUGCACGUGUCGAAUGUCCAGAAGAACGAUUCUGGUACCUACAUGUGCCAAGUCAAUACCGACCCGAUGCGCAGUCAGAUGGGAUACAUGCAAGUGGUGAUACCACCCGACAUAAUGGACGACGAGUCCGCAGAUGGUAUGGUCACCCAUGAAGGAGGCAAUAUAAGAUUGCGAUGCGUCGCCACCGGCUCGCCGAAGCCUACUGUCACUUGGAAACGAGAGGAUGGACGUAACAUCAUUCUCAGAGACGAAAUACAAAAGCAAUCUAUAAAAAGCUUCGUCGGCGAGACGCUGGAAUUGACAGGGGUGCAGAGGCAAGAGAUGGGCACGUAUCUCUGCAUAGCCAGCAACACCGUGCCGCCGAGCGUCAGCAAGCGUUACUCCGUCGAUGUUCACUUUCAACCCGUUAUUAAGGUGAGGAAUCAAUUGGUGGCUGCGCCGGUUGACAGCGACGUCGUGUUGCAGUGUUACGUUGAAGCGUCACCACAAGCCAUGAAUACUUGGUACAAACCUUCAGGCGAGAAACUGCUGCCUAGUGACAAAUACGCGAUGUCGGAAUACGCGCUGAACGAUUACUCCUGGCAAAUGAAUCUCACUGUCAAAUCCCUGGAGAAACGAGACUUCGGCGAAUACGUUUGCUCGUCCGUCAACGCGCUCGGAAAAAUGGACAGCACAGUGCGAUUGCAAGAACUGCACCUGUCCGCGAAGACGACACCAACGACGCUCACGAAGAACACGGACCUCAGGCCACGGAAGAAGCUGGUACCAAAGGGCAAGAAGAAGAACAGCAUCAAUGGUAGGCGAGGGCACGCGGGUGGCGACGAUGCCGAUUCCGCUGGCAACGACGACGAUCUCGGUACCACGCAGAUCAUGGCCGGUAGCACUCUUCAGGAAGGCCAGAGAACGGACAGACCCCUCGUCGUGCCUUCCUUGUCGCCACCCUGGGUCAUCCUGAACACCGCGAACUUCAGGCAUCCUUCGGUGUCCGCAAUCCUGCUUCUCCUUCUACUGCCGACUACCCUGUAAGAUGGUCAUCGCGAGGACGAAGGGCUGCGAAAGCAACAGCGUUGAAGAUCCACGAGGUGGUCGAGAAUCUUAAACGUCGUGAUAAGUUCAGAAGAUCUCGGCAUGUUGAAAGACACAGGUAGAAAAACUGAAAUAUCACGAAUUAAUGUUUUCUAAUGAAAUAUUUUUCGGUCCAUCGAUCAAAGCUCUUUUGCUGAAUUUUUUUAAUUUUAAAAGUUGUACGCUGGCGGUUAUUGUAUAUAUUUGGUGUAUAUCGAGAAAAUGAGAUCUGUCUCUUUUUAAAGGGUAUAUUUCUUGACAUUUGAUGUUAGAGUUGCAUCGUAAAAGAUGAUUAUCUCUACGUUAUAUAUUCGCGCGGACAAAAUUUUUCCUCACAGCUUGUCAGAAUGUAUUUAAAGAGACCAAUCAUUAUAAAUCUCCGAAUAUUGCAGAUCCUUCCACUUUAAUUAUUAUUUGAUGAACUGAACGUUUUUUGCGAUGUCAAAAUGCUUUCUCGAAUUACGCGCUCCGUUCUAAGUAUCGAUCGCGAAAUCCAAUACCUUUGAAGAGUAGAAAACCAAUCUCUUUAAGGGGAGAAAAGCCCAGUUCCGACGGAAUCUGACAUCGACUGGUUGGUCAUUAUCUUCAUUAUCUCCUAUCAUUUAUAUAAAUUCUAUCUGCUGACUUUCAUCCGUUAAUUACAAUCUCAGGGCAAACAUUAAAUUCGCGUGUUGAGCUUCUUUUAAAAAUCUAUUAUCUUUGUAGGAAUAUAGAUCACGAAUCGCUAGAUGUUACAAUUUUGAUGUUAUAAAAAAAUAGUAACAUGAAAAAUAUUAUCUGUAUUAAAUAGAAACGAUAAUUUUCAGAUCAGUGUGAUUUAUAUUGGAUCGACGUAAAUUUAAUUUCUUGUUUGCAGAUGUGAGAAUUAACAUUUCGCGAUAUCUGUGAACACUUUUACGCAUGAAGCUAUUAUUAAUUCAGGGUAGAGAUUAAUGUGUGUGUGUGUGUGUGUGUGUGUGUGUAUGUGUGUGAAUGAACUUAGGAAAGCCAACAAAGGGGUUAGUUAGAGACCCCUCGUGGAUCUUCAUUACUCGCGUAAAAGUAACGCAAAGGGACGCGCACUGUGCGUAUGCGACAAUCCUAUCUGGGUAGGUCAGUCCCUCUGGCGAUUAUUGUAAAUAUGAAUAUGAGAGAUGAGUAAAUUCCGAGAGAGAGAGAGAUGAGAUGUACAGAAGAGAAGCCGGCUCUGCUUCCAAAUCAUUUGAAUCGCACAAUUUAAAUGAUCCCUGCGACAGUACUUAUAAAGCACCAUUUUACGAGGAAAUCAACUCGAUGUGAUAUUUUGAAUUUUUUUAUUGCAAUAAUUACGCACGAAAAUAUAAUUAUGCAAAACGAGAACAAAGGAUUUUGUUACGUUGUAUUACAUUUCAUAUUUUAUUGUUGCAUUUAACAAAUCAUAUUAUUCUUACAUUUCGAACUAUCUGCUUACACAAUAAAUUGACGUUGUUAUAUCUUAUUUUCCUCUUUGAAGCAGUGUGUUUCCAUAGCACUGUUUGAGGGCUCGAGCCUCGUGAUGGGAGCAGAGUCGGUCAAACCGAGCGGAGGGUUACAAAUCUGCAUGCUGAAAAAAGAAAACGAGAGAGAAAGAGAAAUAGGUCUUCCCCUUAUUCGAUAUAACGAGGACAUACUUUUAGAUCCGAUCGGAUGUAGUCACUGCGGCGCGACCAAGGACAAUGGCAAAACUUUCGAAUCGUAGUCUCUGUAAAUAUGUGCGACAUGGUGUCAGUGCGGUAUUCGGUCGACAUGUGAGGUAAAGAGAGGCACGCGCGAUGCUCUCUUUUUCUCUCUCUGUCUCUCGUUUAGACGUAACCGGCGAUUAAUCGGACUGUAGAUAAAAUACAGGUCAAACAAGUUCGUGCAUCGCGCUUCGAUCGUGAACAAGGAAAAGGGAGACAACAUCGAGUUGGAACUACGAGAUGAGUUCUCGAUGCUGACACUCAUAGAGUUCGCGUAGAUCGUUGUUAUUAAAUUGUAACUGCUGUCAGUUGACUGUAAAAGUUGGUUGAUGCUAAAAAAGGGAAUAUGCAAAAAAUAGACGGAUCGAUAGAUCGAAGGAUGACAUGUCUAAUUGUAAGUUUUUUCGACAACGUCAUUUGCGAGAGGAAUUAAUCGUCUCCAAUGGCACAAGUUGUAUUGUAUUUUCCAGUUAUCGAUUAUUUUACGAGAGACGUUGCGCAGAAGGGACGAAAUGCAAGAUUUACGCGAUGCACGAACUUCCUGACGAACUUUCGACGUUAAGAGUUCUUGCAAAUCAAUGUUCGUAUUCUUGCCGCUUAGAGUUGAAAUAUAUGGAUCGUAAUUGACAAAUAUUUCAGGAUAUAAAUUGUUCCUUUUAUCCCAUCAUACCAAAACGAUAGUUGCGACGAGGGUUUACUAUGGAAUAUUGUCAUAAGUAAUUUUUACAAUAUAUAAUAAUCUCUCUUGCAAUAGCAUUUGGUAUACGUUCUUUUGCCAAGAAGUGAAGUCCAUUUUGCCGUAUUGACAAUUUAAUCAUACGAAUACAAAAAGAACCUGAGCGAACCUGAUGCUUCAGCAAAUAUCGAACAAAUUUCACUUUUAACAUUUUUUUAUUCUACAUUUUAUGUCAAUUUUCAUAGACGGCGAAUUUAUUUACAUCUGGAUAUAUCAGGAAUCGACAUAACGUUAACGUUGAAAUCAGUUGAAGAACUCAUCAUAAACAAAUCCAAAAUCCUCUAAAAAUUUAUUGUUCGAUUUACAGUAGUAACUGUAAAUUUUAUUUUUUUACUAUAUAUUUUUUUAUCUAUCGUCUAUUUUUUUAUUUUCUAUCGUUACCGUGGGAUAUUUAAUAAACAUUGAUAUAAAAUAUAGAGGAUCGAUAAAGUACAAAAAAUUUGGUCACGUAAGGUGGGACUGAUCCGAGAUUCGCUCAGGCUCGUAAUCUCAGCUCUCGCUAGCGAAACCGUUUACGCGGCCCCGUUUCGUCUUCCACGAUACUUUUUUAUCUUUCCAUGAGCAUCUGUCGCGAGCAGGACACCGGCAGGCUAAAAUGUGCGCUCGACUAUCGCAAAUUGGCGCGGCUUAAUUCGGUCGGUGCACUUUUACGAUUAGAUGAGCCGACUGUACGGUGUACGGUAGUCCGUAUGCAGAGAGCGGAGGGCACGACAAUAAAUACGGUAUAGUGAAGUCCCGUCAGAUCGAAGAUCCAUUCGGUUUAAAAGCUCGCUAGAAAACGCCGGUAAUUUAAUACCUCUCCCCCGUUAUUUCUUUCGCGAGAAAUCCCGCUGCGAAACUCUUCACGAAACUCGCUCUAUAUUAAUUUAGGUAUAUAUAUAUAUAUAUACAUAUGUACAUCGAUAAGUGACGUUAUUGCAGCCGGUUGUUCAUCGAUUAACUACUGAUAUUUACGCGUUUGAUAUAUAUAUAUAUAUAUAUACAGGUUUAAACAAAUUAAUAUAAAAAAGAACGUCACACUCACACUUACACAUAUACACGCAUCCAAGAACACACCUCUCGUACCGUUAGAUGUACAGAAUGUAUUUUUUUAUCUCAUUCGUUUGCGUUGAUGUCUCGUUAUACAUAUAUCAAGAAAAUUAAUCCUGUACUGUAAAUAAUGUGUUACGAGUAUACUGAGCGAUAGGGUGGUUGCACUUCGCGAAAAUCCGGCGAGUUUUUAAGCGCAUCACAGGCUGCUUGGCGCACUCCACGUAAUAAAUAUAUACAGGGUAUGUAAAAAACCGCGCAUCUUCUCAUUACAGAGUGGUUCUAAUUGCAGAGCGCUCGGCAAGGAGAUCAAAAUGUUUUUUAAAGCAAGCGGCGCGUGAUUGUUAAAAAAUGAAUCUUUUUUUAAAUCUUCUUACAUCUGCUAAUCUGCGAAAAGCCCCUCUUAUCCCCUAAACGUUGCUUUAAAACAAACGAACGUUCUUUUCCUUAGGUCGCUCUUUAAUAUGCGCAAUCGAGGGAAAGCGCGCAAUUUUUAUACGCUCUGUAUAUAUAUGCUAUAUAUACAUAAUGUACAUUUCAUAUACAUAAUUUAUGAAAAGCCCCAUUCAAGGCAAGAAACCCUGGAUAUUCCCUUAACGUAAAGCACGCCGACACAAGAACGCGCGCGCGUGGCCAAUUUAUCGACAUUGAGUUUGAAAAGAAUACAUAUAUACACGGCAACGAGACAUAUGAAUCACCAUAGGACCACGUUUAAUGUACAUACGCUCGUAUUAUAUACGUUAAUAAAUUACGUACGUAAGUGUAAAUAACGCAAGCUGUGUGGACGUUCGGAUUUUCGAGGUAAGCGAUUAGGAUUCGUUCGAUACGGUGUGCCCUCGAACGAGGCUAGAUUUUGUAAUAAUGUGACAGGGAAGGGCCGGGUUUCGGCCGGGUUUCGCGAUGUGUAAUAUAAUGAGUAUGAAAAAUAAGCCAUGCCCCAUUCGCACGACAUGUAUCCACGUACAGUUACAUAUGCAUAUAUUACAUGUAAGUGUGACUCUUGCUCGUUCGUUAGCACUCAACAACGAAAGCAGCUGCUUUUGUCAAGCUGUGGAGCUUUCGGUGAACAUCAGCAGCUCUUAUUUCAUCGCAGGGAAGAGAUCAACAAUUUUGGAUCGAAUCUAGUCAGUUUUAUUUAGUAAUAAAUUUUCAGAGUAUUCGGUUUUUCGAAAUUCUCAUAUAUUCUAGGCCAGUUGUACGUUUCAUAGAUUUACAGAAUCAUUAUUUUUACGUUUUCGAAAUAUUUACAAGUGUAAAAUAUGUUGUAUAAAAUAUGGAUUGCUAUAUGUAUCCUUAUUUCGUAAUGUAAAUUUAAUUAAAAUUGCUGAUCUAUAUACCUGAUGAUAUACAUCACGGCAAUUUGAUUGCCGAUCUGUAACGAAGCUGAUAGCGUAUUACAGAGAGUCGCGAAGGCCUAAGGCUACGAAUACACAUAAUCUGAAAUAAAAACAUUAAGGUAAUUCGUUAUCUCUAAAAAUAAAUGGCGAUCGCAGGUACUGUUGCUUCAAUCGUAGCACUUUGGAUUCAGACAGUUCAUAAUUUUGAAUUUUUAUAUUGUUUUGACAUCGCAUUAUGACGGUAUCAAAAUCAAGAAAAGUAAAAUGUUGACUCUUUCAUUUCAAAAAUAGUGUUUCUGUUAUUUGGUAAAUAUGAAAUUAAUUACGCCAUUAUAUAAUGCCUAUAUACAUUUUCUUUUUUAUUUUUUCAUAGUUACAUAAAGAUAAAGGAUUCGGUUGUAAGAGUAACAUAAAUGUCUGCUCGAGAGAAUCUGAAAAUUCUUGAGGCCAACUAGUUUAAUUUAUUAGCGUAAUUCUUAAUUUUCGACAAGGCAAAAUGUAACGCGAUUGUUCGCGAUUGUUAAUGAUAUGCUAAUCAGAAAAAUCUGUGAACACGUUGAAGAGUGAUUUAAGUAGAGCUUGUUUUCGGGAAAUUGACGUGGACAAUUACUUCAAUGUCGGUAUGAUUUAAUUCAACUCGCCGACUGCGGUCGCGCUAAAACGAAAUUACACUAACAAUCCCAACGGCUUUGAACAUACCCAAAGUUUGAAUUACAAGUUUGAGAGUGCCCGAACUUCAGUCCGAAUCGUGUAACUGAAUGUCAUAUGGAAAUAGCACCGUGUAUGAGAGAAAAUGUAUUUGUGCAAUUUGUUUGUACGGAAAUUGAAAUUUAUAUAUCGUAUGUUAACGUGACGAAAACUAUAAAAUAUAAACGCAAAUAUAAAUAAAAAAAUAUAAGUCUGUAUGAAGAAUGUUGUAACUUGUAAUUCAGUAUCGAACUGUAACUGCGCGUUACUGCGAUUCUUAUUGUAUGCUGUGGCUACCUCUGUGAAAAUUGACAGAUCGUAUAAAUCUUUCAAUUUGGCUUUAAAGUACGAGCCAGAAGAAAGCUGUAAUCAACCAUCUUUACGACAUUGUUCUUAAUCUAACGGAGGAAAAAGUUUAGCGCGAUCAAUUUUGAGCAAAGAGGCUACGCACAGCAAUAAUAUAGUACAUAACUUGUGUCUGCAUCGUCACUCGAUGAACACGACGUCGUUUGUCUUUUGUAAAUUAAAAAUGUGAAUACCUUGCCUUCGAGAGACG